AUGUUACACUCUCUUUCCUUCUCAAAAGAAAACAUGGUAACGAGUGUAGAUCAUGAUCAAAUUUCCGGUUCCAUGGGGGAAAGUCAAGUAUGGGGUGAUCUCACAAAUUUAGAUAACAUUGGUGGGAGUAGCAAAAGAAACUUAGAUAUGAAUUCUUUGAAUCGGAACCAAGUAAUUAAUGAAGGAGGAGUAGUGCUUGUGAAUGGAAAACCAAGUCGAGGUGGGCUUGUGAUUAAAAGUGGAAAAAAUAUUAAAAAUGGAAAAGGUAAAGGUGGAAAAUAUCGUGAUUCUCAUCAUGAAAUACACAUAUGGAAUGAGAGAGAAAGGAGAAAGAAAAUAAGGAACAUGUUUGCUAGCCUUCAUGCUUUGCUUCCAGAUCUGCCCUCUAAGGUUGAUAAGUCAACCAUUGUGGAUGCAGCAGUGAAAGAAAUAAAAAAUUUACAACAGAUUCUUGAAAAUCUAGAAAAGAAGAAGAAAGACAAGCUUAGAUCUAUGUCCCCAUUUGCAAGCAAAGGUUCACAUGACACAAAUUCAAUGGAGAAAACAUACAAGCAAGCGGCUGGAGAAAUUUUGAUGUUGAUAUCUUAAAAUUUGUUUAUAAAAUUUGUAUUCUCGUUUUGUAUGAAUUUUAAUUUCAUUUAGUUUUUCUCCUAGAAACAACUAGAAAAGGGCCAAAGUUAGA